CGUUUAUGAUAUACCUUGAUAUUUGCGGUUAAAUCUCUUGGCGUCUCAUACUCUUUUUCUUCUCCAGAAUUAGCUUAUUAGCUUACCUAUUAGUCUACCUAGCCAGGGGAUAACUUACACAAGAGCUUCGUGCUAUAUUCUUCUAAACAGUCGGCGCUUAGCGUUACCGCGUUGAACAAACGUUACCGAGGCUAGAAUCUUAACCUACGUUCUGCCACUACCGUCCGGUUGUUUUUACAUCACGAUAGAUUUCAAUACCUAAAAUACCUAAAAUACUUAAUCGAACAAGAGAAGUUGACGCACGACUAAGGGCAAUGGCAUCGUCAAAUACGUUCGGGGAGCUGGACCUCUCCAUCAUCGGCUUAGGAGCUCGAUACCCACCAUACUCCCUCAAGUCAGACGAGGUAGACAAAAUCGCAACUAAAUACUAUCCUGACUCUCCCGCCAUGCAGAAGGUGCUCUCAAUAAAUAAAUACACGGGUAUCGACACGCGCUCAUCUAUUGGUACCUCUGAUCAUCCCUCAGUGAACCUACCUGAAGCGCCAUCAAUAGCAGAACUCCACAAAAUUUUCAUGUCAGAUGGUGUUCCGCUCGCCAUUGAGGCUUCUAGGAAAGCAAUUCUAGAAGCUGGCAUCGAUCUAUCCGAGAUUACUCAUAUAGUUUCGACAACAUGUACUGACAGUGCUAACCCCGGAUUUGAUCAUUUCGUUGCAAAGGGGUUGGGUAUUACCCACCAAGUAGAGAAAGUUUUGUUGCACGGAGUCGGUUGUGCAGGUGGAUUAGCAGUACUACGCACUGCUGCUAAUUUAGCUUUGGGGCACUCAAUGAGACGGAAAGCUGCUAGGAUUCUAUGUGUUGCUCUUGAAGUGAGCACAACGAUGGUUCGCAGCGAGCUAAACAGCAUUGAUGAGCUCCAAGAAACGCGCAUUGGGGCUUGCUUGUUUUCCGAUUGUGCGUCCGCCUUGGUUCUCAGUAACGGGAUUGGACAGCCAACGGCCGAACCAAUCUACGAAUUACUUGGGUGGGAACACAAGAUCAUCCCCGAGACCGAGACCGAUCUUGCCUUUGACGUAGACCCGGUUGGUUGGAAGGUUGUACUCUCACCUCGAGUGCCAAAGCUAGCAACCGAAAUACUGCGCCCAAGUUUCAUCGACCUGCUGGAAAAUGUUUCUGGUCUCCCUGCUGAAUGCAAAGAGGCAUCCGACUUUGAUUGGGCGAUGCAUCCGGGUGGCCUGACCAUCUUAACGGGUGCUGAAAAAGUGAUGGGUAUCUCAUCAGAGCACAUGCGCGCAAGUUAUGACCGAUACAUGAAUCACGGAAACUCGAGCUCGGCAACUAUUUUCAGCGUGAUAGACCGCCUACGGAGUAAAGAUAUGGACGCAAUGGCCCCUGGUGGCCGGGUCCGGGAUUAUGUGGUGGGGUGUGCCUUUGGCCCGGGAAUCGCCAUCGAGAUGUGCAUGCUUAAACGCAAUAUGAGACACCGCGGGGCUGAUGCCAUCCUCGAGACAGAUAGCGAGGCUAGUAGGAGUGAGGCUGACGAGGAAACCGACUGGGCAAGCAUUGAGUCUCGAGAGUCGAUUCCAGGCACGCCUGGUUCCGCGAACACCCAAGCUGAACAAAAACCUACACUAGGUGACGAUAUAUUCGUAAAAGAAGCCAUUGCCAGCGUCGAAUUGGAUUAAAAAGGAUCAGGCCUAGACCAGCAAAUGACGUUAAAUUAUACCCAUAGCCUAUUUUGUUUACGUCCAAUACACCAUAUUCUUUACUACUCAAAUCACCUACCCAUUGGCUAUGCCAUACUCUGCAGCGAAGCACGGAAGUGCCAUUCAA